UUACUCAUCCCCCAACUCCAAGAGGACCUCCCAACCAGAAUUAGAGGAGAUAAACUUGACGCGUCCCUUCUUCAUUGUGCGUCUUCUUUUCGUCAUCGGAAAACGAAUCUUAUUGCCUGAGAUUCUUCAUCGGAGGAAUUAAUCCCACUUUUCACGAAAAAAAAACUCAAACUAUUGCUGAAAAAUGCAAUGGAAUGGGGCAAGACGAGCCCAUUCUUUAUGGUGCAAGAGUUUAACACACAACACUCAUUUGCAUCAUCCUUCUAUUCCAGUCUCACAUUUGUUCACCAUGUCGAGUUUGGAGGAGCCGCUAAGCUUUGACAAGUUGCCAAGUAUGAGCACUAUGGAUAGGAUUCAGAGAUUUUCGUCUGGUGCUUGUAGGCCGAGAGAUGAUGUCGGUAUGGGACACCGUUGGAUUGACGGAAGAGAUUGCACCACCUCUAACAGUUGCGUUGAUGAUGAUAAAAGCUUUGGUAAAGAGUCCUUUCCGUGGAGAAAGCAUACUCGAAAACUAUCUGAAGGAGAACAACAUUUGUUUCGGAAUACUUCAAUUUCAGGAAGGACUUCCACAGUUUCUGGGACUUUAAGGGAAUCCAAAAGUUUCAAGGAGCAUAAGUUUAGCACAUGUAGCAAUGAGAAUGGCAAAAUGCAUUCAAGUAAUAAGAUCUCUAAAGGUAUACCAAAGUUUGUAAAGAUUGUAGAAGUUGGCCCAAGGGAUGGCCUGCAGAAUGAGAAAAAUAUAGUACCCACAUCUGUAAAGGUGGAACUAAUUCAGAGAUUAGUUUCUUCUGGAUUGCCUGUUGUCGAGGCUACAAGCUUUGUAUCACCAAAAUGGGUUCCCCAGCUUGCAGAUGCAAAGGAUGUAAUGGAUGCAGUAAAUACUUUAGAUGGGGCUCGAUUGCCCGUUCUGACACCGAAUCUAAAAGGCUUUGAAGCGGCUGUCUCUGCAGGUGCUAAGGAAGUUGCAAUCUUUGCAUCGGCUUCUGAGUCAUUCUCCUUGUCAAAUAUUAACUGUACCAUAGAAGAGAGUCUCUUGAGAUAUCGUGCUGUUGCCACUGCUGCAAAGGAGCAUUCGGUUCCAGUCCGUGGGUAUGUAUCUUGCGUUGUGGGGUGUCCAGUAGAGGGAGCCGUUCCACCCUCAAAAGUGGCUUAUGUUGUGAAAGAACUCUAUGAUAUGGGCUGCUUUGAGAUUUCUCUGGGUGAUACAAUUGGAAUCGGCACUCCUGGUUCUGUGGUUCCAAUGCUUGAAGCCGUGAUGGCAGUUGUGCCAGCCGACAAGCUGGCUGUUCACUUCCAUGACACAUAUGGGCAAGCUCUUGCAAAUAUAUUGGUGUCUCUCCAAAUGGGAAUAAGCAUAGUAGACUCAUCAAUUGCUGGAUUAGGCGGCUGCCCAUAUGCAAAAGGAGCUUCAGGAAAUGUAGCCACAGAAGAUGUGGUUUACAUGUUGAACGGUUUAGGCGUCCAGACCAAUGUCGACUUGGGAAAGCUUAUAGCUGCUGGAGAUUUCAUCAGCAAGCAUCUUGGCCGUCCCAACGGUUCGAAGGCUGCCGUUGCCCUCAACCGUCGGAUCACAGCUGAUGCCUCCAAGAUAUGAGCUUUAUUACAGGAUUCACAUAUCUAAAGUCUUAUGAAUACGAGAGACAGUGAAUAUAACUUUUAUAUAAGAUGAUGUAUGAAUGGUUCAUUGGUAUAAACGAUGCAAUUGAAAGGUACAAUGGUUUUAUUCUUGGUUC